AGUAGUGUUUGGAGAGCAGUUUGAAGCGUUUCCAUUUUUUGCCACCUUGUUAUCACUGACUUUUUUUUCACCUCUUUUAGCUCUCGCCUCGUUUUGUUUACCUCUUGGCUCCUAACACGUGGGAAAGGGCGGGGGAGGGGGGACCGAAAGAGGAGAGGAGAGGAGAAGAAAGGAGGGGGAGGGAGAGAGGGAAGUCGGAUUAGCGCAGCGUCGGUGCCCGGUGUCCUUUUUAAACCACAACAAACAUCAGAGUGAUUGAGAGAGGCACAGAGUGAAGAAAACCCAUUUGAACCUGCUUGUCCUCCGCAGCCAGUGUCAGCAUCUCUCUCUCUCGCUCUACCUCCAUCAAGCAUCCGGCGUUCAGGCAUGUCUCUGUCCGGCUCACAGACACCAGAGGACGGACUCUACGGUGAGUGACGGGAUGGUGGGGCUGGGACCAGGCCGUUGUUUAGCUGUAACCUCCUGAUGUGUUUUUGCAUUUGCCUCUGCAGCUAUGACGUAGUAUUAGACAUCUAGCAGGUAAUUGUAGUCAUUUAAGCAGCUGGUAUGUGUGCACAGGUGGGUCUGACCUCAUUAUGCAACUGUAAACAAAGUAGGUAAACAAUAUAAUCAGUGACCCCAUAAUCAGCUAACUUUCCCCCCAACACAGGUAUGAUAUGCUGAGGCUAUCCAACAGUGUAGACAUAAUGCCAACAGCAUGCCUGAUUGCGAGCAGGUGUAUGAGGAAGAAGCCACACAGGGAGUGAAGAAGAAGGCACUGACGGUUUUUAGAGCUGGCAUUGUUGUUGCCACUGACACUGUCAUUGUGUAAACGGAUUCCCUGACUCACCUGUUUGUAUCUCUGUAAGCCAAUUAAGCUGCAGAGAUUUUCUGACGCUUAUAGCUCCACUGUGCUGUGUGAACAUUGUUUGGCACGUAGGAUGCUGGGUAAGAACAUGUGGAGCAUAUUAUGGCAGGACAGGAAGGGACUGUACGAAAAUAUAGGGGGCUAGGCUUAUGAUAAACAGGGAUUACAGACAAAUUGAUUGCAGGGUUUUGGCCAGAGUUAAUUCCUUUCUUAUCAAGUCAAAAAGUUUAUUUUUUUUUUUUACUUUAAAAUAUCUGGACUAGUUUAAUGUUUUUUGACACAGAUCUCAUGGAUUAGUUUUUUUUUUUGGAGCCACAGUCCCAUAAUUACCUCUAAACUCAGUUGUUUUUAACUUCUAACCUGGCAACACUGAAGCAAUAUACAAUUACUUGCCAACAAAAUUAACUAAUUUCGUUGAUCUCUCUGCACUGAUGGCGAUCAAUGACUGGUUUUACACCCUCUUUUAUUUUGCUUUCCAAACUGACUAUUCAGAUCAGAUUUUAAGCUCAGGUUGUGAACAGUGCAGUCUUUUCAACCAGUCUCAAAACAUCAGAAAUGCAUGUAGUGUUUUCUAGGAACUCAGCUGGUUUCUAUUCUGGGUAGUCUACUUUUAAGGUUACCAAUUAAUCAGUUACCUCCACUGGUUGUUGUCCAAAGCAGUGUGAAAUUUAAUACAAAUUUACACACAAUAAAAAUGAGAAAAAACGUAUAAUUUAUCUGAGUGUCCGUGAGCUAAAGUUCACAGCAUGCAUUAGGGUGAAACAGUUGGUGGCGCUGACUUUUCUGCAGGGUAACAUUAAAUCAUUAAAAAGAAGGCGAUACAAUGAGAUUAUGUGAUUAAAAGAGCACAGGGCAAACUAUAGACGAUGGAAAACGUGAUGGAAAUGUGGCUCUUUUAACUUUGUUUUUGGUGUUUUUAAAAUUACAGUGUCCUGAUAUCUGCUAGGUUUUAGUCUUAAUAACUAAUAUAGAAAACUACAUUGAAAUUUUAGCCUGUUUCCACUAUAUUUUGGUGGCACAAGUUAACUAGUUCUGGGAAGUUUCCUGCUUUUACUCAAAAAUUUGGUCGGAAAGAUGAAGUUGACUCAAAAGUAAAAUGUCGUCAUCUUCAUUUGUGCAACAAAAAUGAUAACGAUGUUGAAAGGAGUUCACAAAAUGCCUCUUUUUUAUAGUAUUGUAAGUUUACUGGGAAAACGCUUGCCUUUAAAUCUUGCACGAAAAAUGAACAUUCAAUUUAUGGCAAAAAAAAUAAAAUAACAUACCCAGCCUGCCUUUCUAAAACAAUCUGCCUUCAACAGAAAGAACAAAGACACAUCCAUCCCUCUACAUUUCCUUUACAGAGACAGACACUAAUAGGAAAUCAAAAGUGAUGCUGUUACGCUGCAGUUCAUUGAGUCUUUUUAGCAUCCAGCUCUUGUCCACAUUACAUAAAGCAGAUUUGGCAGUGGCACAGAUGAAUGUGUACAGGAUUGCACCAUAGACACUGAUUUAGUGCUGCAGAAUGGCGACAGAUAGAUAAAUCAGGCAGCAAGGCAGUUGUUAUGUCAUAACUCCCCUCUAAAGAAACAUAACUAGGGCAAUGGCACAGUUUCCCCGCUCUGCUCUCCCUCCCUCCCCCUCUCCCCCCUCCAGCUCUAUGCCCACUCAUGUCUCCUCUUUUUGCCGCUGCUGCUUGUGUGAUUAUAGUGUCAUAAAGUGAAGAUUAAAGCGAUCACAUCAUACAUUGGUAGGCAGAUGAGGUGUUGAUAUUUUGUAGAACGCUGCGUGUGUCAGUGAGGAGUAAAGACAUGUUGACAAGAGAGAAACAAGAGGAAGAGGAGAGGGAGGAGGGUGAAUGGCUAAUCUCUAACAGAAAUAAGACCUUACGUAAGCAAGCAUGCUGUCAGGCCCAGUUAUCCCUGCCCUACUGUUUGGCUCGGACUGUGUGCACGCUAUACACACCAGAGUACGUGCGUGUGUAAAUCUCUUCCUGAUCAUGUACUCAGUGAACCUACAUGUCCAUUCAUUCAUGUACCGUGUGUGUUUUUAACCCACUGGUUUAGACUCAUUCAUUGCCAGAGUGUGUUCGUGUGAGUGCGUGUGUUUGUGUGUUUUAAAGCAUGCAUUCAGAGUCGUGUCCGGCAGGAUGUCCAUUCAGCAUUUAUCGCCUCUCAGAAUGUCAAAUGUCACGUCAGGACAUCUGUGACAUCACGAUGAGUCAACAAAACAGGCCUGUCCGCUCACACUUUACAGCACAACAAAGCUGUAACAUUUAUGAUAGUGUCAGAGGAGUGUGGUGGUGUUAGUAAUUUCUGAUAUUAGUGAAAUUACUCCUUUACCUGCAUUAUUCAGAACAACAGAAGAGGACUGAAGCUACUAUUGAAGAUCAGUUUCAACACUUUAGCAGGCUGAUAUGACUGUCAAAAGUACCAAACCCUUAAGUAAAAUAAUUAAAAAGAAGAGCAAAAAAAUUAAAGCGCCAGUGAGUGACCUUCAGUGUGUGUUGAUUUUACAUGCUUGUGUAAUUUCUUAUAAGAAAAAAUCUCAUCCUCUUUACUUUAGUCAACAAACUGUGUCAUUCAUUGUGAAUAUUUAAUGUGGAAAAUGUGAAAACAAGGCUGUUAUCCUAAUGUCAGAUGUUAGAAAUAGGGCGAGCCGAUUAAAUCGGCCGAUUUUAGCCCGUUUGAGACUAAUCGGUAAUUGGCCAAAUAUAAUUCGCCAAUAUAUAAUAAUAAUAAUAAUAUAAUAAGUAACAGUAACUGAAAUACCUAAUAAUUAUAGUCAAAGUGUCUUCUUAUAAGUUACUCUUUACACAAUAGUCAUGUUUAUUGUGUUGCAAAUUAUAUUAAUGAAACUAUGGUCUUUUUUUGUUCAAAUCUGAUCGUGCUUCCAAACUUUUGGCCUGUAGUAUAUAUAUAUAUAUAUAUAUAUAUAUAUAUAUAUAUAUAUAUAUAUAUAUAUAUAAAGACCACAGGGGUAGCCAAAGUGCUGUACAUUGAGACAUAAAUACAAAUAAAACAAGCAAAGAACAAGAUAAAAACAUGGACUGUAUAUAGAAUGGACGCUGUCUGCCUUCAUUGUUGGGUGAAGCCACUCCGAGAACAGCACCCUCUGUUGAUGGGCUGCAGUAUAGGUCAUAAAUCCCGCCUCCGCCAGCAAAGCUUGUGGAGCUGUGGACAAACUUUAGAAAUUUAUUACACAGGAUGUCAUUUUUUCUCUACCCCCCGUCGUGGUGUUUACCUGUAGUUACAGUAAGACUGGUUUGUGCUCAAGUCCUCUUUUUUCUGUAAAGCUGCGUUAUUAAAAGUUAUUAGGGUGUUCAUGUUUUCUUUGAUUGACACCUGAUACAGCCUAUGGGCAUACAGGGAUUGCGUAGCUGAUCCAGGAGAUACGCUGUUUGAGCCAAGCAUCAUCACAGCGACUCCCGGUGACUCUCCUGCCGAACAGUGCUACAGCACAAUGCUGGUUUCAAGAAAUGAAGAAAAAUCCCGGACAUACCGAGAGCUUUUUGGCUUCAAAUCCAUAUACAGGCGGGAGGAGGAACCAAGUUGUCCAUAGUAGAUACAGUCUAUGGUGCACACUCAAGGGAGAAAGUAAACUCCUUGCCAACAUUACACUAGCUAGCAAGUUAAGCCUCUACUACAUAUCAGAUAAUUGAAUGACAGCACUUACUGAACUAUUCAAUCUGUUGUUUGGUCUUCAAAUAUGAUCAAGUUUCUCUGUACAUUCAGCUUGAUAUGCAAUUAAAAAGUCUCUGUCGUAUAUCAUUCAUUUUUACAAUUACCCUAAUUCAUAGACUGUAUCUUUAGCUUUGGCUGCCAGCCUCAGGUGGACACCUGCAGUUUGUACAGUUUUCAGUGUUGAGGUCACUGCUUGCCUUAAACACAACACUUUAAACAGCAUCUCUACCACACACCCUGAGCAUGGCGGAAGGGAAUGUUUGGUCUGUCACUAAAGUCAACUCCCAUUGAAAAAUCUACUCCUGGCAGAGUAUAUAGAGGUAAAUAAGUACUAAAACAAAUGUUGCUGUCUUUAUUUGAGUGAGUCAUUGUAAAAACUCGAUAUUCAGGCCUCAGAUUUGUUUGCUCUCCUCAUCACAGCUCCUUUCAGCUCAUUAAAGGCUGUAUACAGUUUCUGCACGAAGCCCUGAUGUUUCCCGCUUCCUCGCUGACUCACUGAGCAUCAUUACUGACUGCAUGUUUUGUUUGAUCCUCAGGCUCCUGGGUCGAGUUGGAGGAGCUAAUCGCAGCCGUGAGCCGCAGGGAGAGUCUGACAGGGCCGCAGGACAGCAUCUCCUCCGCCCUGCAGGGGGAGCUAGAGAGGAUCCUUCUGGAGGCACAGCUCGAGUGUGAAAGGAAUAGAGACAGGUAGGGUGCAGUUAUUUUUCUUGCGCUGUGUUUUGUUUGGGGGAUUGAACAGCACAGCAGGGUGUAAAAAUAACAUGCACAGUAAUAAGUUUCCUCCUGCGCACAGCUAAAGUUUGCUUGUUUUUGGCAAUAUGUGUUUACUUUUUUUGUUAGUUUUCACAGAAGAGUGUAUUUAUGUGAAAAACGGCAGUCUGUUCGAUUCUGGCUGACAAAAUAAAACUGAGUGUCUUUUGUCUUCUACAGUCCUCCACAGGCUGUGACUCCACAGUCUACUGGAUCCCCCAGAGCAACUAGUGAGCAUGACAGCGACUAUGUCCCCAUACAGGUAUUUAUUCUCAUAACAGUGAGAUGAAGACGCAUUCAUAUUUAUCAAAAAAAUAUGAUCUCUCUCUUUUGUUUAAAGGAUUUGAUUGUAUUUCAAAGCACAUGAACUGAAAGUCAGUAACAUAUCUACUCAGUUUUUAUAAAAUAAUAAAUAUAAAACAAAAAAAGAUAGAAGAUGCAAAUAUGUCUGAACAGACUAGUUAUAAAUCGCAUAUAUAUUCAAACAAAAUAGCAUCACUUUAGGGAAAUGAUUUGAUACUCCUCCUACAACCACUCAAACUUGUUUAUCUGGAGCCUUAAAGACAAGUUGAUCUUUUUCUUAACAAAGUUUGCAUUAAUUGUGUCAUACUAGUCUUUACUCUGGCUUUUAGUUGAAUUUAGUUUUAAUCUUUCAAUCUGCAUUAUGUGAUUUUAGACUAUUUUAGUCCCAGAGUAAUUAUUUUGUGUUUUAUUUCUUUUUUUUAUUUAAUCUCAUUUAUUGUUUGAUUUUAAGACUUUCAUUAAAUUAACUUUUAACGCGUAUCACCUAUAUUAUAUUUUAUCAUGGUUUUAUCAUUUUAGUCUGAGAUCCAGUGUCAUUUUUUCCAGUGUCAUCUUUUUUAACUCAGAUAGUGUUUCCUCAGUCAUCUGUGGAAGGUUGAAGAGUCCUGGUCUUUUAUGUGUGCAUCUGUGUGUGUGAGUGUGUGAGUGCUGUAUGUGUUGAAUAGGGGUUGGGAGUGUGGGUGUGGUUAGGUUUUUGUAUUUUUAUUUAUUUUUUUCAUUGUUUUUUUUUUUUUUAAUAUCCUGCAUGAAUGGACAGCACUUCGUGCUAUAUUCCAUGUAUGAAAAGUGCUUUAAAAUUAAAGUUUGAUUGAUCGAUUGAUCGGGUUUCCAAUGUUAGUCCCAAACAAAACUCACAUUUGUACCAAUAACAUUCCUGAAUCCUUUGUGUGUCUUACACCGUAAAGCAUGAAACUUAAAAGGAUCAAAACAACAGGAGCCACAUUUUUUCCAGCAGCUGGAAAAGCUGAAGUGGUGAGAUUUCUGAACAGGUGUAACAAGUAUCUCAUGAGACUCUUCCAGCCAUGAAGUUGAGCUUGUUAUCGUAUACAUGAAUUCCCGAUAUUUUUCCAAGGCUUACUUUGAAACACGUAUUGAUUUCCUCUUCUUGUCGUUUUAUGUAAGCAGUAUUCUCUGAGAUUAUUCUAAACAUAGACCUCACACUAUAGGCUCUUAAAAACUUUUCAUAGCUUCUUUUCAAACAUGAUCUGACUGAAACAGUGAGCUGUUGAUUUACUGUGUAUUAGUAGAAAUCUUCAAACAGUGUUAUUUAAUUGGUAUUUUCAGAGGAACUUCUGGUUUGUGUCAAUCUUAGAGCCCCCUGUGGACAAAGUGAUCCCCCUUAUAUCGUCCUGUGUAUGAAAGUAUUGUAUUUAAAUAGAAACCUUCACCUGUCGUCUUGUAACAGUAAAGUCUAUCACUCAAAGUCAAUAAGGCAUUUUUUUAGGCUUCUGUCAACCACAUGAUCCGACACCUAAAUUCAGAACUCCCUGAAAUAUUUACAAGAAGUAUUUCAAAUUAAAAUUAUGUUAAAGAUGGAUAUCCUGAUAUGAGUUUUUUCUUUUUUUUUUUUCUUCUGUGUUUGCUUUGAUUCCUUUUGCACAUUUAACACAUUCAUUUUGUCAUACUUUAUGUGUUGCAGGAGGAGGUUGAGCGGCGAGGGGACACUGACUGGGUGUGGGAUUGGUCCAGUAGACCUGAAAAUAUGCCACCGAAGUAAGAUCAGCGCUUUAAUUAAUUCUCAUUUGACAUUAGCUUGAAUGUGAUGUGUAAUUAAAAUUAAGCAUCUGAGUUUUUAGAGCAUUUUGAGUGUUGUUGAGCAAAUGCCCAUGAGUUUUGAGUGUCACUUUUUCACAAGAUCAUCAAGAAAGCAGAUGCAAGCAUAGCUCAAUGACUGAAGCAAAGGAAAAGCAGGUAGCCCAGCUCUAAAUCGUACCAGGCUGAAGCUCAUUUUUUUAACAUUUUGUGUGUAGCAGAUUAAAUUUGUUGUAUAAAAGCUGCCAUAUUUUGUUCUGAAUGGAGUUACUCGCCGUCAAAUUUCUUUCCCCCUGCAACCAGCGACAGCAUUAGAGAAAGUUGCCACAUAACUCCCCGGAAAAGCAGAUUUAUUCCUAUUUGACUGAAGAAACAUUUGGCAUUGUUGUGUUUGGAGCUAGUUGAAAGGUAAAGUUUAGUUUUUUUCAUCUCUUCAGCCUAACUCUGGCAGCAUGUUAAAAAUACAGCCUCAAAUUCAGUUUGCGUAUUUUCCCUUUGAGUGUUGAGAAACACAUGAAUCACCUUCACUUUUAUUUACACUUCCACUCUUGACAUUUCAUCUUCUUCAACACUAUAACUCAGUUUGACAGGUAGUAGCUUUUAAUGGCCUCAGACUGUCUCCACUACCUUUUCAUGCAUUCUGACUUUCCUCUCCUGUGUUCUCAUUAUCUCGGGUUAUUUUUUAUUCCUCCUCUCCUCACCUUAUCUGCAUCUCUUCUCUCCUGCUCCUCGUAUCCCUCUCGCUUGCUGCCUCUAUUUUUUCCUACAGAGAGUUUGUGUUUCAACACCCGAAGCAGCAGAGCUCCCUCAGCGUUAGGAAGACAGAGGUGAUGAAGAGAGGCCUCUUCUCCUCUGAUGUUCUCCUCUUACUUGGUCCGUCACUGCUGGCUUCACACCUGCUCACACUUGGAGUCGGGUAAGACACAUGCUCGUGCUCAUGGAGUCAUUUUUGAACGAUUUAUGCUCAGUAAAUGUUUAAAAGCAACCCAACAACUGCUUAGCUUGUCAGGCUUUUCCUUUUCCUCAAAGUAGUUCAUGGUGACACUAACGACAGACUGACAGCUUUAUGGUCCUCGCACUUUUAAAAACAUCUGGCAUUUCAUUUACAGAGGACAUAAACAAAGGAAUCUUGUCAGGUUUUGCUAGCAAGUAGUAAAUUUCCUGACCAAAAUAACAGAUGAUGAUACAUAUUGGUGAAUUUAUUACUGUAGUAAGCUAACUAAGUUAUGUCUAGUCCAUAAAUUUCAAAGUAUUUUACAAUGACUUAUACCAGGGUGUACCAGCCAACCUUUCUUCUUAAUCAGAACGCAAAAUUUAUGUUGGACACUGUUACUGGUCCACAAUCAAGGUUUUAUUCAUUCAACCAUGGGUUUUGGAUUAAUAUGGGGUUAAAAGAAAGGAUUAAGCUGCACUCUGGGGUGAUUUUUCUUCUUUCUACAUUCUUUUCAUGAAGUAAGUUUAGAAGAAGUGAAUGACUGACAAGUUUAUUUUAAAAAUUUUGAGUUUUAGGAGGUUGUCUUAGAUCGAGCUAAGUUAUUGGGCUUUGAUUUAAGCUUGACAAAGUUGUCAAAUUGUGCAGUGAAAGUUCUUUUGAGGAGACAAAAAUUCUCAGUGAUGCGUCUUUAUGAGUUGUAAAAGCAAACCAGACUGUCAGUGACAAAAUUGAAAUGUUCUGUAUUUUAAUUUUCAAUGGCUGUGCUGUGACACCUCCAAGAGGGGUAGCUGUCAGACCAGACAACUGACAGCAGGAUGAAGAAACAACCUUCUUAUGCACGGCAAAUAUCAUUUCAGUGAAAUGUUUGUUUACAGAAAGCAGGAUGAGAUUUUGUGUCAAACACGUCAACAAAUCUUGCACAAAGAGUCUGAACAUAUUGACACACUCUUUCUCACUAUGUUUAGUCACCUAUUUUAUAAAGACAUUUUCAGGCGUUUUUGCCUCUUAUAGAUGAGGGAGUGACAGCAACAAGGGGUAUGUGACUAAACUGCACGACAAACCAGCGCCCGAUGACAGAACAUUUCUCCCAUUGAUUAUGAAAAGUGAUCUUAUCUCAUUUAUCUCAUCAAUAAAGAAAAAAAAGUAAACAGCAUUAGAUUUGGGCUGCUGGAAAUACAUUUGAGGCCUUUCUAUGUUGUCUAUGUGCGGGGAAACAUGAAGCAAAAUCCAAAACCUAAGGACACUCUAACCCUGAAUUUCCACCGCAUCUGGAACGGCCCCGAUUUGGAGCGAAGGUGUUUUUCGCCGUACGCCAAUUCCUACCAGAUUCAUUUGUGAGGCGAAUUUUGGUGGGUUACAGACAGUGGGAAUUGCAAAAAACCACAAGAACCCGCAGAUUGACAUGCAAUCGUGCGUUAACGAGUUGUCUCUUUAAAGACAGCCACAUAACCAUAUGAGCAGUAGAUUGUGUCCUUUCAGAGGAGGAAAUCCACUUCUAGACUUCCAGUAUCAGCAUCUUCUCAUCCAUGGUGUCAUCAGGGUGAAAUGCUGUCUAAAAACCUUUCACUUGUUCGUCCCCGCUCGUUUGCAUGGUGUGAAAUACGAUCCCCCGGAACAUGGAGUGUUUUAUUUUGAAAAGAAGCCGGAUGUUUUAUUCUGUGUCUGGGCCUGACUUCCUUUCCAGCACAGGUUAAUCUGUGCUGAAUUUAUCCAGCAUGCUCCAGCGUCCGGAAAAAAUAGAGCUCUUGCGAUUAGCUGCAGAGUCCGGCGAGUCGCAGUGGAACAGAAAGAAACCAAUGGAAAUUGACACAUUAACUUCAAUGUUUACAAUCAGCUAUGAUCGGCAGAUAUGGCCUUUUUUUGAGCCGUUCCGGAUGCGGUGGAAAUUGGGGGUAAGAAAGGUUACAGCUGCUCAGAUAUGAGUGGAAAACUGAGGUAAGCAUUUAAGCGUACUGUCACCUACAAUUUACCUCUUUCUCUUUUUCAGGAUCUACAUAGGAAAGCGAUUGGCUGCUUCAACAACUAGCACGCUGUGACGUUGGCUGUAGCACAUCCCCUCCAUUCACUCAGAGUCUGACCAGUAAGGUCACAGUCUGCCCUCUCCACUGCAAUUACUUGCCUCCCUAUUUCCUCCUCACUGGGGCAACCUUAGGACCCCGCCUGUCUGUCCCCCUGUCUCCACGUUCAUCUGUCUUUCUGUCAGUCUGUGCAUGUCGUAGGGCUCCGGGAGCGGAUGGAUGCCGACCAAUGAGUCAGACUGAGGUCACUUUUACUCUCCCGGGGAGUAACACUGAUCUCAACCAGCUACAGCCAAAUCAGAGAAGAGAGAUUGCCCAGAUAUAAGAGAAAGAAGAGGGAGAGAGAGAGAGAGUUUCACCCAGCUAGAACAAUAAAUCCUUUGAUAGGAGGAGAUAAAAACGGUUCGUUGAGAACAGUGUGUUCGGCAAAAUGAAAAAGAUAAUAUGUGGUAGCCUUUUCGCCCCAACCUUUGAAAAAGCAAAAUGUCUGUCAUUUGUCAAAAGUAAUGACCCUCUGUACGACUGAGCUGCUAAAAGUGGUACUUGGGCUUUUGUUCUGGUCUGAUGGUGUAUCUAAUGUAGAGUUUUAGUUGGCUGAGUGAAUGUAGGAACAGCUCUGGUUGUGCUUUUUGUCCCACAAACUGAUUAAAUAUUUGACCUCCGACAAAGACAAUCACAAUCCCAUUAAACUUCACUCCUCGAAACUUUAAUGUGCCUCUUGGGUCUUUUGUUUUCUCUUCCAGAUUCAUCCGGGCCACACAUGUUCAUCUCAUUUAUUAAAUUCUAG